AUGAGUCGCGCACCUUCCACGUCAUUGGAGAACGCUCCUUUGCUUACACCUAAUGAUCUUGACGAAGAAGAAACUCUUGAUGGAGGUAACGGUGUAGUCGAACGCGGUCCUCGUACUCGCGAAGCUCCGCGUGACCAUACAAACUUCUUUCCGUUACGUCAUGGAAAAUUUUCUCACCUCGAAACCUUAUUGGCUUUCAUGUGUGUUUUGUUAUUAAUACUUAUGAGCGUUUUCGCUGGCUUAUAUGCCAGAGGAAGGACCAAUAAACACCCACAACCAGAAAUACCGCCGCCUAUUAUACCUCCACCAAAUGAUACCAUAAAGGAACCUUGUCUUACUCCAGAUUGUGUAAUUAUAGCGGCUCAGAUUAUUAGUGAUAUGGAUCCGACUGCCGAUCCUUGUGAUGAUUUCUUUCAAUAUAGUUGUGGCGGUUGGGUACAAAAUAAUUUGAUACCCGAGGAUAAAGGCCAGUAUAGUUACUUUGAUAGUUUAUAUGAAGACAAUCAGAAAUUAUUGAAAGAAAUUCUUGAAAAUAAUUUUGAAUCAACUCAUAAAUUUGAGCCGAAUCUUCCACCACCUUCAGAAGUAAUAGACAAACAAAAUUUUUAUAAACUUCAAAAUCUCUAUCAGUCUUGUAUGAACGAAUCUUUAAUUAAUGAUUUUGGUGGAGAGCCGUUGUUGCCAAUCAUAGAUCGUAUUAUUGACGAUUUUCCUGUAGACUCUAAAUAUUCUUUAUUGAGCAAUUUUGGACAUUUGGAUGAAAUAGAAAGUCAAGGAGCUCAUUCUCACGAUCCUCUUAAUUUAACAAAUACAUUGUCACGUCUUUCUAUCUUUGGAAUAAAACCGUUGUUUGAAUUUUUCGUAGAAGCAGAUGCAAAAGAUCCGAAAAAUAAUGUUUUAUACUUAUCUCAGUCUGGCCUUGGUUUACCUUCAAAGGAAUAUUACGAGGAGGAAGAGAUAUUGUUAUCAUAUAAAGAAGCUAUGAUCGAAUUAUUAAAUUUGGCCCUAAAUUAUAGCAGUAAUGUAGCUCACCAUUUCAAUCAUAAUUUCACUGAAUCAGAUGACUUAGUGAAAGACAUAUUAGAAUAUAGUGCAGAAAGGUUCUUAUAUAAAGAAUGGGAAAAAAAUGCUAAGAAAAUUAUAGAUUUUGAAAUAGAAUUGGCUAAAAUCUCUUUAUCCGCCGAAGAAUUUUCUGAUCCUGAAGCUACUUAUAAUAAUCAAACUGUAGUUUCUCUUGAAAACCUUAGUCCUUCUUUCAUUUGGACUCGUUAUAUAAGUGCAUUAUUACCUCCUACAUCUGUUUUUCCGGCUAAAAUCAUUUUAACUUCUAACAAAUAUUUUAAAGAUCUUUCAAACCUUGUCGAGAAAACUCCAACUCCAACUUUACAACUUUAUUUCAUUUGGCAAGCAAUUUAUACUUAUGCUGAUUCUUUAAGUGAAAAUUUUAGAGUGCCACUAAGAAAAUUGAGGGCAAAACUCAGAGGAACUGAUGAAUCAAUUAAACCUAAAAGAUGGGAAGAAUGUCUUAAAUCUGUCGAUAAUACUUUAGGUCUUAUGGCUGGCAGAUAUUUUGUGUUGAGAGCAUUUGGAGGUAAAAGUAAAGAACUAGCCGAUCAAAUAAUAAUGUCUCUUAAAGAUGCAUUUAUUAAACAAUUACCACGACUUGAUUGGCUUGACAAAGAAACGCGUGAAAAGGCAAUUGAAAAGGUUAAUCGUAUUAUUCAAAAAAUUGGAUUUCCCUCUAAAUCCCCUGAUACUAUGUCACCACAGUCUCUUGCUGAAUAUUAUGAAAAGAUUAAUAUAGAGAAAGAUAGAUAUUUCGGUAAUAUUUUAAGUGCUCAUGUGUGGGCUUCAGAAAAUAAAUGGAAGAAAGUUGGUAAACCCGUGGAUCUCGGUCAAUGGUAUAUGACUCCUCAAACAGUUAACGCAUACUAUAAUCCUACGGCUAAUGAAAUCGUAUUUCCAGCUGGAAUACUUCAAUCGCCAUUUUUUAGUGCCAGAGCUCCAGAAUAUGUAAAUUAUGGAGCAAUUGGUAUGGUUGUCGGACAUGAGCUCACGCAUGCAUUUGAUAAUAAUGGAAGACAAUAUGACGCGAAUGGUAAAUUAAUCCAGUGGUGGUCUAAUACUACAAUUGAAGCAUUCGAGGAAAAGGCAAAAUGUUUCGUGUAUCAAUACGGUAAUUACACAAUUGAUGAUCCAAAAGGCAAUCCUGUGAACUUAAAUGGUGUUUUAACUCUCGAAGCUUUUCAUGCAUGGCUUACCCGAUUUGAAAGUGAUAAAAAUGAAAAGCUUUAUAAUAAUCAAUUAUUACCUGGAUUACAAAAUUUUACACGCGAACAACUAUUUUAUAUAUCAUUUGGGCGUGUGUGGUGUUCAAAAAUAAGACCAGAGACUGCUGUAGAAAGGGUUCGAGUUGACCCUCAUUCACCAGCAAUCUGGAGAGUUAACGGUGUAUUAACAAAUUCCAAUCAUUUUUCUGAAACAUUUAAGUGUAAAGUAGGAUCAAAAAUGAAUCCAGUUGAUAAGUGUUCUAUUUGGUAA